UCUCUGACCAAUGAGGUGCAGGUGCACGGGGAUACAAUGGCAAGACAGAGCACCUGUGUCUUCAGAGACCUAGUCCAGCUGUAGAAUCAAGUAGAGCUGAUCGGAGCCAAAUCCUGCAAACACCAUGACAGAGAAAAGGAGCCCCAAGAGCUCUGAUAAACAUACAAGUCAGACUCAAAACCCUUCUUCUGGAUGUGAGCUGCAGUUGCCUUUGAGUUGUGUGGACCACCUUCUGCAGGAGGAACAAUAUAGGCAGAGUCUGACUUCUUCCAAAACAGACUUCCUGCUUGCUGUGCUUGACUGCCUUGCCGACUACAUUCUGGAGAUGGUGGGCUCUGAGGCCAGCAAUGACACAAUGAACAUCAACUCAGAAGAUGGGGAGAGAAAAGUGGAUAACAGUGAGGCCAACCACAUCCUGAAGGAUGUGUCCUUCUCUCUGUUUGAUGAGAUGCCUGGGGCCAGGAAGACCGGCUGAAGACUGGAUCCAGAACCUGGUGGGGAAAUCCUCAUGGCACCAGCUAGAGCCCAAACAUCUCAGCUGAGAAUGCUCUGCUGUUCUCAUCAGUAAAUGCUAAUAAAGGAUGUAAAUUCAUGACAGUG